UACUGGGAUUUCUCAAGUCAGAGGAGAUCUAAGAGUCAUUAGCAAGCAGUGUUGGUUCUGGAUUAUGUAAAUUAGGGGAUGGAGGCUGGAGAAAAGAGAUUGGGCUGGAAUUGGAGGGUGGUGAGGAUUAUCGAAUCUACAUGGUCCCAAGUUGGAUUUAAGGUUUUCUAGAGUGGACAUGGACUGUAAGAGAACUCAGAGCAGCGUGAAAGAGAUCUAAGCAGUGGGCUCUGUAGGUUGGGAAAUUCUUGGGGUGCAGUAUGUCCAAAGUGUGUGCCUGGAGAGUCGAGUGUGCAAGUGCAUGUGGGCCAUGGAGGCUUAGCAAGAGAUGGGAAAUUCUGUAGAACAUCUUGGUAUAGGAAGCACUGGUGGGACCUGGGGGAAAGUGGUUGGGAGAUACGGAGGAGGAGGAAGACAAAAAGGGAUUAAGUUGAGCUGAAGCAUAUCAGCAAGUGGCAGGAGAAUUGGCUGAAGAACACAGGCAAGGCGUGAAAAGCCUGCUGACGCUGCUUGGCUGCAGGAGAAAGCAGGGGCUGUCCUCAGGGGAGGGAGAGAUGCAAAGUCUUGAAGAGGUUAAGAUACUACUGGAGCCGUGGGAGUAAGCAAAGUGCCCAUUUCCAGGAUAGGCAAGCUUUCUGGAGGUGUGGUAUGUUUGGGAAUUACAGAGUGAGGCGCUGGUUUCUGACCCGGAUUGUGUGUCCUACCCACCCCGCCCUUGAAUGAGAGUAUCAGGUUGAAUUUCAUAGCUCUCUUCCCUUCCCCCCUGCUACCUCUGCCAGGGAGUCUCUGCUAAAAUUAUCCCCCUCCCUGAGCUGGGGGCUGCCCUUCUCUGCUGCUCUCCUCCCUCCUGCUUCCUGUAAGAGGGAAGAGGAAACGCAGGCCAAGAGAGUAGAGCCGUGAUUCGAGGGGCGGGCAGGGCAGGUGUCUGGUCAGAGGAGGAACGUGGUAAUGAUGGCCACAGCCGAGGGAGCACUUGCCCCUUCCCAGUCAGCCCUCCCUGUGGGCCCACAAGCUAGUCAUUUUCCUGGUUGUUGUUUUUUUUUUCAGAAGAGGGAAAUGAGGCUCAAAGACUUCAAAUACACAAAAAAGUUAGAAAUGUAGCUUUAAGGCCAUGAACUCUAGAAUUAAAUACAUUUUGAAUGCUGGCUCAGCCUUUUGAGAUACUGGAGAGCUUGGCUAAGGUACCUAACUUCAUGGAACCUCAGUUUCCCUUAGCUAAGAAGGAGGAAAAUUGUUUCUCCCUUAAAGGGUCCCUGGGAGGAUUAAAUAUGCGUGGUAAACAAAUGACACAGUGUUAGCAGGUGUUAGCGCCUUACAAAAGCUUGAGAAUUGUUAACUUGGGCACAAUGAGCUUCAGUUUGGUAUCAGGCAUUCAUACUCAGUGCUUAACACUGGUAAAGUUCUUUGCAUGCAUUCUUUUAUUACCGUAACCCCCUAAGUUACUGCCUUUCUGUAGAAACCGAGGUCAGGAUGUGAAACAAAAUGUUAGCUUGAGUAUAUGCUCCUCCCUGACAGUAUUGCUUCUGGGACUUCCUAGCGUGAAAUUUUUUUUCUUCCCUCACUUUUUUGGGAAAAAAGGAUAUUUCCCACUGAACUGGGAGAAUGAGCCUGAGACCAAAGGCUAUUCCAUCUUUGUGUCGGUUAGGUAGAGAAUAGGCAGAAGUGUAUCAUGUUUGAAAAACCAGAAGGGAGAGAGACCUGUCCAGCACUAUCAGGAAGGCCUUCUGUAGGCCUUGGGACCAAGGAUUUGUCAAGAUCUGGGGGGCAGGGUCCAAUGGGGAGUAGAGGAGAAAUGACUACCAGUGAGUACAUCUAGAGAGAAAGUGUGGGGUGAAGAGGGUCACAGUUGCCUAGGUGAAACUAGAAAGUAUGUAGUCGUGGAAUCAGUGCUAGGCUGGAUGUGCAGAGGGAAAGUGACGGCCGGAAGCCCUUAAAAGAGUGUAAUGGUGUGAAGUCCAGUGGGCUGGGGGGCCAGAUUUGAAGAGGUCUGAAAACAAGGGUGUAACCCAGAAAGUUCAUGCUCAAAUUGAUGGGAUGCCAAGAGGCUGGCUUGUUCACACACACCAUCCCCUGCACAUGUGUGCUGUUUGGUCGUUUUUGACAACCUUCCUUCAAAUAGCAAUUCCAGAAGCCUAUAGGUUUUACUUUUUAGUAUCAUGGACCUCAAGAAAAUCUAUUGAAAACCUCAGAAGAGUACCUACCUUACACAGUGUACAUACCUUAUAGAAUGCAUGCAUGGUUACAAAUUUGUUUCCAGAUUUUGGAGCUUUUCACAGAACUCCCCAGAAACCCAUCUUCCAAAUAAGACCCUAAGCACGGUACCUAUGGGUUGUUGGGUGGGGGGGUGGUCAUAGUUUACAUAUUAUUUUCUUGUUCUUUCGAAGGAUGGUAGCCCAUGAGAUUUUAACUAUUUCUGAUGUCAAACUCAAGAUGAUUACUCACAGAUCCUUGCUCGCUAGCACCAGCAGCUGUACGUUUCCUUGACCCUCCCAAUUUUAGAAUCUGGUUUUUAGAAUUGCAGCUGGCAUUUCUACUUGGUUUGGUGGAAUGAGGAUUUUCCCAGUGCCACUGAUCUCUGUCUUCAAAUCUUGGAAUCCGUAACCAUGUCCUGAUUUUCUAAGGAAUAGUAAAGAAAUAGUAACUGUGUUCUAGGGAUUAUUGAGUCCCUGUAGAAACUAGCAACCUUCGGGAGAGCCAUAUUCCACAAACAGGUGACAGUCUUUCUGUUUCCAAAGCCCCCCAAAGAAUCUACUUUCACUUUGGCACUGUACUCUCCUUAUUAAGGAAGUAUUCCUCUCAUCUUACACCUAAUCCUUAGAUCUCUCAUGUUCUGCCUGCAGAGAGGGUGAAUGUCAACAGCCUUCGGUCCCUCAAACCGUCAUAUAUUUUUAAUCGUUGCUGGUGGAUUAUAGGCCUUCAAGCUAUAGGAUUUAUGUUAGAAAACAUGCUUUUAUUUUUAAAAAAAAGAUUUAUCUAAGUAAUCUCUAUAUCCAGUAUGGAGCCCGAAUUUAUAACCCCGAGAUCAAGAGUCAAAUGCUCCAUCAGAUGAGCCAGCCUGGUGCCCCAGACAACCUGCUUUUAAUGACAUCCAUCUCACCUGCUUUGGACAGUUUCGAUGAGCUGAGAUCAAGAUUUAAUUAUAGACCAGAUGAUUGGUCUCCUUAUUCUGCCAUCCCUGAACUUGGAAUAUCCUGGGGCAGACCCUACUUGGCGACAGAUUCUAAACUACACAUUGGCUCAUGUUUGUAACUUCUAAGGUGAAGAGUUCACAGAGGAAGGAAUGUCCUAGGAAAAUCAGUUAAAAAAAAAAAAAAACAACUGACAUCAGAUAGAGUCGUUCAGCCUUGGCCAAAAGUUAUUUAUUGAUCUGAAAGGGAAGAAUAGCAGAGGACUUCCCCGUCAUCUUACAUUUGUGGGGCUCGUGAUGAGAUAAACUUAGUCCCUUCCCCCCACCUCCGGCCUCCCCCAUACCCCUGGCCCACUUCCCUUUCUCCCCUGUUAUCUAACCUGCCCUGAUAGACCUAGGCAGGUGCUCAACAAUCUAAAUAGAAGCUCAGUCCCUCCCCGGGAGUCCAGGCUUCUGGUGUGAUUGACAUAUUUGUCUGGGAAGUGGGGGAAAGGCCAGAACCCAAGGCUCUUACCCUGUUUCCCACACCCAGUGGGUAAUAAGGGUGGGGUCAAAGGGAUGACACCAAAGCAUUAUUAGCAGCCUCUGGCAGAUAGAAAUAGCAGAGCUGGAGGAGAAAACUGAAAAUCAGAUGGGUCGGGAAAGCUGGUCCAACAGAUGAGGACUCAAUCUUGGGAAGAUAUCGAGCUGGGAGCAACCCAACAGGAAAAGAUGGCAGAGAGGCACCACUUACUCUCUCCGAUUUAUGGCCAUUACAAACAGCAAUUCUCAGACAAGGAGCAGGAGCCAGGGAUGCCCAAGAAGACGGGCUCCAGUGAGAGCGUGGACAGCAAGGAUGAGGAUCACUAUUCUAAAUGUCAAGGCUGUGUGCACCGCCUGGGACAUGUGGUGAGAAGAAAAUUAGGAGAAGACUGGAUCUUUCUGGUGCUCCUGGGACUGCUUAUGGCUCUGGUUAGCUGGAGCAUGGAUUAUGUCAGUGCCAAAAGCCUUCAGGCCUACAAGUGGACCUAUUACCAGAUGCAGCCCAACCUGCCUUUGCAGUACCUGGUCUGGGUCACCUUCCCACUAACUCUCAUCCUCUUCAGUGCCCUCUUCUGCCACCUCAUCUCUCCCCAGGCUGUUGGCUCUGGAAUCCCUGAAAUGAAAACAAUACUCCGUGGGGUCAUCCUGAAGGAAUAUCUCACCCUCAAGGCCUUUGUGGCCAAGGUUGUGGCCCUGACUGCGGGGCUGGGCAGUGGCAUUCCUGUAGGGAAGGAGGGCCCCUUUGUCCACAUCGCCAGCAUCUGUGCCGCUGUCCUCAGCAGGUUUAUGUCGAUGUUCUGUGGGGUCUAUGAGCAGCCAUACUAUUACACUGACAUGCUGACGGUGGGCUGCGCCGUAGGAGUCGGCUGCUGCUUUGGGACGCCACUUGGAGGAGUGCUGUUCAGCAUCGAGGUCACCUCUACGUACUUUGCUGUGCGGAACUACUGGCGAGGUUUCUUUGCGGCCACGUUCAGCGCCUUCGUUUUCCGCGUGCUGGCCGUGUGGAACAAGGACGCGGUCACCAUCACUGCUCUGUUCAGAACCAAUUUCCGAAUGGAUUUCCCCUUUGACCUGCAGGAGCUCCCCGCCUUCGCCGUCAUCGGGAUUUGCUGUGGCUUCCUGGGAGCGGUAUUUGUGUACCUGCAUCGCCAAGUCAUGCUCGGUGUCCGAAAGAACAAGGCCCUCAGCCGGUUUCUGGCGAAGCACCGCCUGCUGUAUCCUGGAAUAGUCACCUUUGUCAUCGCCUCAUUCACCUUUCCGCCAGGAAUGGGUCAAUUCAUGGCUGGAGAGUUGAUGCCUCGUGAAGCCAUCAGUACCCUGUUUGACAACAACACGUGGGUAAAGCAUGUGGGUGACCCUGAAAGCCUGGGCCAGUCGGCCGUGUGGAUCCACCCACAGGUCAACGUGGUCAUCAUCAUCUUCCUCUUCUUUAUCAUGAAGUUCUGGAUGUCCAUCGUGGCCACCACUAUGCCUAUACCCUGCGGAGGCUUCAUGCCUGUGUUUGUGCUCGGAGCUGCAUUUGGAAGGCUGGUAGGAGAGAUCAUGGCCAUGCUAUUCCCUGAUGGUAUCCUAUUUGAUGACAUCAUCUACAAGAUCCUACCCGGGGGCUAUGCAGUAAUUGGGGCAGCAGCGCUGACUGGUGCAGUAUCCCACACAGUCUCCACAGCUGUGAUCUGCUUCGAAUUAACGGGUCAGAUUGCCCACAUCUUACCCAUGAUGGUGGCUGUCAUCUUGGCCAACAUGGUGGCUCAGAGCCUGCAGCCCUCUCUCUAUGACAGCAUCAUCCAGGUCAAGAAGCUACCCUACUUGCCUGACCUUGGUUGGAACCAGCUCAGCAAAUUUACCAUCUUUGUUGAGGACAUCAUGGUACGUGAUGUGAAGUUUGUUUCAGCCACUUGCACAUACGGGGAAUUGCGAACCCUGCUCCAGACCACCACGGUCAAGACUUUACCACUGGUUGAUUCAAAAGAUUCGAUGAUCCUGCUGGGCUCCGUGGAGCGGUCAGAGCUGCAGGCCCUCCUUCAGCGCCACCUGUGCCCCGAGCGGAGGUUGCGGGCAGCCCAGGACAUGGCCAGGAAGCUGUCUGAGCUGCCCUUCGACGGAAAGCCUCGGCCAGCGGGCAAGGGACACCAAGGCAUCUCACCCGAGGGCCGGAGGGAGUCCUUUGCCUUUGUGGAUGAGGAUGAAGACGAGGACCUCUCUGGGAAGCCCGAGCUGCUCCCUCUCCCUCCUCCUCACCCCUUUCCUACUGCCCCACUCUCCCCCGAAGAGUCCAAUGGGCCCCUGCACAGCCACAAACAGCAGCUAGAAGCACCGCAGCCUGCAGGUCAAAGACCCUCUGUCUUUUGGUCCCUGCUGCGCUGCUUACUGGGCAGACCUCGCCCCACAAAGAAAACAACCCAGGAGCCAAUGGAUUUCGUGGACAACAUGCCACCUGAAGAGAUUGAGGCCUGGGAGCAGGAACAGCUGAGCCAGCCUGUCUGUUUUGACUACUGCUGCAUUGACCAAUCUCCCUUCCAGCUGGUGGAGCAGACGUCCCUGCACAAGACCCACACGCUGUUCUCGCUCCUUGGCCUCCAUCUUGCUUAUGUGACCAGCAUGGGGAAGCUCAGGGGCGUGCUGGCAUUGGAAGAGCUGCAGAAGGCCAUUGAGGGGCACACCAAGUCUGGGGUGCAGCUCCGCCCUCCCCUCGCCAGCUUCCGGAACACAACUUCCACCCGGAAGAACCCCGGGGGCCCGCCCCCUCCCACAGAGGCCUGGAGCCUUCCUGAGGAGAGAGCUGGGGCUGCUGAGGCAGGUGACGGGGCUCCCGCCUCCCCAGAGACCCCCGUGCCCUCCGCCUCAGCAGAGCCCAGUCUCUCGGCCGCCCUGGACAAGGCGGAGGGCGAGCUGGAGGAGCUGGGGCUGAUAGAGAGUCCGGGACUGGAGGAGGGGCUGGCUGACAUCCUGCAGAGCCCCAGCCUGCGAUCCACUGAUGAGGAGGAUGAGGACGAGCUGACCCUUUGACCACCUCCAGGACCUCCUCUUAAAGACUGUCCAGAGGCCCAGGCCAGAGGUUGGAUUUGUAUGGGUGGGGGGAGGGGGGCGUGUCCUGAAGUUGGAGAGAUCACACCAACAUCCUGGCCCCUCCUGGGAAUUUUGAAAUGGGAUAGUGAUAGUCUUAGAAGAGCGUUGCAAUUUGGGCAGAGAGAGUAGCCUCGGUCAGCUAUUUAGGCUAUGUCCAGACAGGCAGGGGCUUCUAACCCCGGUGAAGGACCUGAUAAUCCAUGGGGCUUCCCGAGCCUUCCUGGUGCGUGGGUGGGAAAUACCCUGCCUCUCUCGGCCUCCCCUCAGUCCCCUGCAGUACCCUGGUGUCUUGUCCCAACACCUCCCCGGCUUUGCCCCUGUGUCUGCCAGGCUCCACAGGGGGAGGCCCACAAUGACUGUGACCUUCAGAGGAGAGGGGAGCACCUCAUGGCCUCCCAGAGUGACGGCCGGAAUAACUGGCGCAUCAUUCAUACCCCUCUCUCACAGCCCCCGGGUGCCUUGCUGCCGAUCACGCAGGCCUCCUUCAGGCCCACGUCCAUCCCAUCUCGCACCAGCCAGCUUCCUCACGCUCCAGUUUCCAGGUCACCCCCUGGGAACGACAUCCCGCCCCCCACUGUCCUCACUGACCUCUCCUGCCCGAGGGCCCACUGUGCCCUCCAGCUGCUGCGGUUGUGGCUCCUGCCCAGAACCAAGGCUCAGGGCAGCCAGGUCCCUGGGGCACUCAGACUCCAGCCCUUCUUAGACUAGUUCCUUGUGUACCUCUUCUAGAGGUGGUGGGGAGAUGGGGGUUCGAUGUCUACAUGGCAGACCUCUUUGAUGUUUGAAGUCAGAGCCUUAUCCUCCCCACAUCAGCCACAGGGUGCCUGCCGGUAGCCCGUCUUUCCUAUGAAGCGGUCCUGGGUGCUCGGAGCCUCCAGCAGCCCUCACUUCCAUACCCAAGGCUUUCUUCGCUCCCUCCCUCCUUUUGGUCCCUAUCUAGUUCUGCAGCUGUACCCCCUUUCCGACAUUCUCCUCCUUCCCCUCCCCCGUGCCCACUCUCCAUCAUCCCCCAAAGAAGACACUCAUAGUCAGAGGUGCCACCACAUUCUGUUUAGUGCCAUUGAACACAGCCUGUAGCCCUCUCCAACAGGACAUCCCUUCCACCUCCCCAGGCCCAGAGGCGGUGCAGCCUGGGCAGGGGGGCUGGCAGUGGGCAUUGGAGCCCAUGCCCAUGUGUAUAUAAUCUAUAAUAUUUAUAUAUGUAUAUAUUUAUAUAUAAUUCUCUCUGUAAUAUAUGUCAUAGAAUCUCUCUUGGGCCUGGGGUGGGAAUGUCACAUUAAGAAAACAUGCUAAGACUGGCCAUAAAAAUGGAUAUUUCCCAGACCUGGAAGACAGAGUAUGGGAUAUGGAGGCAGGGCAAAGAGAAGGUCAUACACUCAUUUACCAAGAGCCCCCAGCCCCUCAACACAAGGGUAAGAAGGGAGGCGUGGGGGAAGGUGGGGCAGUGGAAGGGGAAGAAUGGGAGAUUUGGAUUUUUCUUUAAUAAAGUGAUUUGAAAAUGAAAGUGCACCCCCCCCCCCACCCAACCAAAGGAAAAUCAUUUAGCAAGAGCAGUUUCAUUCACAAGAAUAUAAAAACAGCCCUGUUCCGGGACUGUUGGAAAACGUGCUGCACAGCCUUUAACCCCAAAGGAAAAGCAACCCUCCCCCACCCCACCCCUGACAGCCUCUUCCUGCACAUGCCCCCCCCCCAGAAUAGGCUAUAAGCAAACCCCAUGCACCCUGCCCCCCAGCACCAGAGAGGCCUUUCCUCCCUCAGAAGAGUCCUACGAGGGUCCCAGGCCAGCUCCUUGGCUCUUCUCCCUCUUCAGAGUGGAAAAUGCAGGCCCCCACCUGAUCUCUGCUCUGCGAGCCCCCUCCACGUAUAAAGUCUGCUAGAUGCCCUCACAGUUUCAGCCACUGUUGCAGGGACCGUUUGGCUUCCUCCGGGAAGGGAGGGAGGGAGGGAGGCAAGAACGCUGGUUGCUUUGGUCCACCUUUCCCAACUCCACAGGCCCUGAGCAAGAACGAACUGUAAUGAAUGAAGCCACUGGAUUGUGUGUCCACCAUAGUCUGGGGGCAGAGAGCAGGCAAGAAGGGGAUGAGACUAACAGAAAAAGAUGGUGCAUUGAGACAGCAGGUGGCACGAGGCGAGGAAACAGGGAACCGUGAGCAUGCAAGACCCCAAGGUCCCAUGGCAGGAGGGCAGGAGUCUCGAGUGAGGGCCAGCAG